AUGAACCAACCGCCAACCACAACCCCCCACCUACUGACCACCGCGCUUCUCCAAGCUGGCCUUCCACAACCAUCACCCAUCUUCCUCCACCCGAUCCUCACACCCUCAAGCGGCCGUCUUCCACCUCUAUCCUCCCUCCUAGCAACAACCCGAGUCCGUCUUUUGAACGCCGACAUAACAAACGCCAAUGUCCUCUCCCCACAAACCCCCUCCUUCCCCGCAAGCAUAACUUCCACAACUCUAAAGUCAAGUUCUCUCUCCGCCGAUAUCCCUUGUCAAAUCCUCGACAUCGAAGAUCUCUCAAGAAGCAAAUGGGAUAUUGUUGAAUCGCUAGAGAGCGAACGGAAGGGGGAGACGACAAAAGGGAGGGAGGUGAUUAGGGUAUUACCCACACAACCGGAGGACUCUACACAAGCUACACAGUUCCCUCUCGCGGCUACAACGCCAGCUGUACAGCAGAAAUCACAUGGACCUUUUAAGGUUUUGUUGCAGGAUGUCAAGGGGCAGAAGGUUUAUGGAUUUGAGCUAAAGAGAGUGGAGAAAUUGAGUUAUCCGCCAGGAAUGAACAUUGGCUGCAAAGUUAUAUUAAAGAAAGACGUGAAAGUUGCACGAGGAAUGGUUUUAUUAGAACCGGAGUCUAUUACUGUGCUGGGGGGAAAGAUUGAAGCUGUUGACAAGGCUUGGAAGGAGAUGAGAGAGAAUAGAUUGCGGGAAGCCGUGGGAGCUCCUCCUAUUGGAGGUGCCAGAUGA